GCGUUUGGGCCUCACCUAGAUAUUGGUUCACGUGUGAAUAUGUGGAAAUAGCCGUAAACGUUUGCGUCUUGCCGCAAGGAUCCACUGGAAUACGGUCCGAAGCCGAUCCAACCUAAGCGGGUUUUGAUGGGGGCUAGCUCCUGUUUCCUUCCCUCGACGUAUGCAAAUGGACCCAUUAGCUGUCAAUUAUCGAUGCCGAUGAGAAUUCGCGGUGUCACGUCGGAAAAAGAUCGCAACUUCAGACCUUCCAGAUGCUUAUACUUUCUAGACGUAGCAUCUACUGAGAACGAUUGUGAAGGUAACGAGGGGUGUUGCAGAGUGUGUACCUUUUCUCACCGGUCCCUCUGAUGCACAACGGAUGCGGUGUCGCUUUAAGAUCCAGUUCCCCAAUCAAACUCUCUUCAAUAGACGUUCCCGUUGAACCACUAUAAAAAACGCGCACGUCUUCACGGCCUUAUUGUCGCCAAAUACAACCACAGUGUUGUGACAGUUCGAUAAAAACAACUUCCAGAGAGGUAAGAUUGGCUAUUUUACAGUAUUUAGUUCUUUUUUAUUGAAUAUUAAACUAUUUCAGAUUAAAUCAUCAUGUCUAAGCGUUCAAAGCAAACAGGGAAUUUCUACCAAAAGCGAAAUCGAUUGCUGGAGGAAGCCGGAAGAAGUGUUGAUGAAUUAAACAUCACGCUAGAAACUGUUUCGACUUCUGUUUGGCCGGAUUUGGGAGUGGAAGUCUCACAACAGGAUCUUGAGUCGCUUUUUACAAGAUAUAGUUCUGUACAUCAAAGUCCAGCAACACCUUCAGAUACUACUGACCAGAACAAUGAAGGAAUCGAGGAGAUGGAUGAUCCGGCUGAAGAAAUUGUUGAUGCCAAGGACCCGUACUCAUUUAUGCAAAAUUUGAGUUUGAAAGAUGCGCUUGUGCAUCUAGUGAUACAGGGUCGUGCUUCCCGUUUCCUAAUUGAAGGUUUUCUUGCCAUCUUAAGGAAAUAUUUCAAAGCCAAAGUUCCUAAAACAAAACGAACGCUUCUUAAAACACCAACGCAGAUUGGAUCUGCUAUUAAACCGAUACAAGGUGGCCAAUUAUGGUAUCAUGGCAUCGAAAAUGUUCUUGAAAAAUACUUUGAGAAAGACAACUUUCAACAUGGUUCCGAGCUGGAAAACUGGCUGCAAACAACGGCAGCAGUACCGCAGUAUCGCAGUGAGCUUCCAGCCAUCCCAUCAACAUGCCAACGUUAUUCCUAGGAUCCUUAAUUUGCUUCCCGGCUUCUCUCAUUGCUCCCAGAACAGCACGGAACGGCUCCACGGCUCGGAACUGCCCCAUGGCACGGAAGUUAUAUCGAAAUUGAAUUCCCGCCGAAUCAUAGUUAAAUGUGUUAUUUUGGGCCAAUUAUAUUGUGUUGAAUGUGUAAAGUGAAUAAAUAAGUUGUUUUAAUCAAA